AUGAGUGCGACACAGGUACUCGUCAAAUUGGUUGGCAAAUCCAACAUGCUUUGGCCCGAAGGCUUGGGUUCUCGUGGUGCCAAAGUGUAUCACGAAAAGACAAUUUUAGAGCAAAACAUCAUUCUUGAUCGUCGAGAGGAUGACUUUGUGUUGCCAGCUGGACUGAAUCGAUGGCCUUUUGAAUUUUUGCUACCCAACAGUAUCGUCGAAACGAUCGAAGACGAAAUGGCGCAAGUGUACUAUUACAUAUCAGCCACUGUUCAACGGCCGGGCCUCAGCAUUGCCAAUCUACGGACGAGAAGAAACAUCCUUUUACUUCGCACGCUGUCACCGUCCGAUGAUGUAAUUGCUUCCAAUUCAUUGCCGGUCAUCUCCAUUGUGGCAGAAAGAAAGACCGAUGCUUGCGAUGCAACGAUCUACAUUGAGAAGUCUAUUGUUUCUUCCGGCACACAGUUUCCUAUUUCCAUCGUCUUGACCACUCAGAUGAAGCAUGUCAGCCUGGAGUCGAUUAAUGUUACAUUGACCGAGAGAAGAAUAUAUCAAGUGCCUGAGUAUAAUGCGAAACGAGCAGAGCUCCAUGAUUACAAGCUGCAACUGAAUUCAGUCACCGAUAUGACGGAUUCAGAGCAAAUGGAAGAAGCAUUGGUUCCUUCCUCGGAUAUUUCGCUGCAGCAACUUCGACGAGCUCUCAGUGCCAAGAAUGCUCAUAUUGCUUUAGGGUCGAACCCUUUUCAGUACAAGUUUACGUUUACGCUUCCUAAUUGCUUGACCAUGAACCAUACCACCUACUUUAAAGAAAUGAAUUUCCAGCACCACUUGAAAAUUGACAUUGAACUUUCAGUGCCGCCUACAGAAAGCGAAUCAACGAUGAAUGCGAUUGAAAGAACACAUAUCCAUCUAGAAACGCCCAUUACAAUUCUUGAUUGUCGACUCAAAGAAGAUUUUACUACGUUGCCCACGUAUCAAGAAUCCAUGUCCGACGCCGCCAUUGAUGAAGACGAUGAAAGAGAUGCUUCGAACCAACGUGGUUUCUUUAUUUGCCCUUGCUACGUCGAAUAUAAAAGAAAGAGUACACGAGCCAAUGGUAACAAGGAACGAAUUUUGGUGCGGCAGAAUAGCAACGUUGAGUCCUUGCCGUCCAGUCACAAUAAUAGCAGUGAAGACCUGAGUUUACCGCCUCCACCUCCUUAUAUUGAAAAGUAA